AUGGCCCAAGUGUUGUGUAUUAUCCAUGGCGCUUGCUGGCGAGCGCCGCCAAGUGCGCUGUGCCCUAAUGGACGCUCUGUGGUGUUGCAGCGCGCCGUCACCUGGAUCGACGCGCACUUCCAGCGCCGCACGUGCGUCCGCUUCAUCCCCAGCGCGCAGGAUGAGCGCAGUGAAAUCCAAGGACGUCGAGACGAGGCACGUAGGUGUGAGCUUCGCCUGGCAGAGUAUUUUGGCCGAGCGCUUGCGGAGCUGCAACGCACUGCUGCUGGUGCGAUGGGGAAGCAUGAGGCGGAGCGCUUGCGUGCUCAGACAGAGCGCGAGGGCUCCGCGCAUGCGCUGUGGCCGUUAUCAGGCAACGGCAACAAGAAUCUAAACUCGCUCGAGCAUGCUUAG